GUGUAUACUUUUUCUGCUUCAAGAUCCAUCCUGGRAGAUUUUUGUGUACAAAAUCCAAAAUCAUCGGCUUCACAACUACAGGAAACCUAUAARAAAUAUCGUCAAUCAUGUCUAUGGGCCCUCUGAAAGCAACUGCCCAAGGCAUUACCUUCGAUGAAUUCGGCAGACCAUUUAUUAUCCUCAAGGAACAAGAGGCCGAACGCCGGUUGACAGGUCUUGAAGCUCAUAAGUCACAUAUUUUGGCGGCUCGUGCUGUAGCAAGUAUUUUAAGAACAUCGCUUGGACCGAAGGGUAUGGACAAAAUGAUGGUUAGUCCAGAUGGUGAAGUUACAGUAACCAAUGACGGUGCUACCAUUCUGGGUAAAAUGGAAGUUGAUCAUGAAGUUGCCAAAUUGAUGGUUGAACUUUCCAAGUCACAGGACGAUGAAAUUGGAGAUGGAACAACUGGUGUCGUGGUUCUUGCAGGAGCCUUACUGGAGCAUGCAGAGCAGUUACUAGACUGGGGAUUACAUCCUAUUCGUAUAUCAGAUGGUUAUGAAUUGGCYGCUAAAAUAGCCAUAGAACACAUGGAUAAGAUUUGUGAUAGUUUCCCAGUAGAUAAAACAAACAGAGAACCUUUAAUUCAAACAGCAAUGACUACACUUGGUUCAAAAAUUGUUAGUAGAUGUCAUCGUCCUUUAGCUGAGAUUGCCGUUGAUGCAGUCCUUUCUGUAGCCGACUUAGAGCGAAGGGAUGUUGAUUUUGAACUCAUCAAAGUAGAAGGAAAAGAAGGUGGCAAACUUGAUGACACAGUUCUGGUAAAAGGUGUUAUUGUAGAUAAAGAUAUGAGCCAUCCUCAAAUGCCUAAGGAAAAACCAGGCCUUAACAUGCCUGAGUUCUUUUGUACGUAUUCAGAGGCGGAUCCAACCCUCUCCUGA